UGGCAAUCGAUCGAAAUGGGUGCGCUGGUCAAAAUUCUGACGCUCUCCUGCCUUCUGGCCCUCACGCUGCCCACGUUGGCUGAGGUGGGAUGGUGGAAAACGGCCCAGUUCUAUCAGAUCUAUCCCAGAUCCUUUAAGGACAGCGAUGAUGAUGGUGUGGGCGAUAUCAAUGGCAUAACACAGCAGUUGGCUUAUCUGAAGGAAAUUGGCAUUACGGCCACCUGGCUCUCGCCGAUCUUCACUUCGCCCAUGGCUGACUUUGGCUAUGAUGUGGCCAACCUCACCGAUAUUGAUCCCAUCUUCGGCACAAUGGAGGACUUUGAAAGGCUCUUGGCACGCGCCAAAGAGCUCGACAUCAAGAUUAUCUUGGACUUUGUGCCCAACCACACCAGCGAUGAGUGCGACUGGUUUAUUCGGUCUGCGGCUGGCGAGGAGGAGUACAAGGACUUCUAUGUGUGGCACACCGGGAAGGUGGUGAACGGGAUCAGACAGCCACCCACCAACUGGAUUGGCGUGUUCCGUGGAUCCAUGUGGACGUGGCACGAGGGUCGUCAGGCCUACUACCUGCACCAAUUCCAUGCCAAGCAACCGGAUCUCAACUAUCGCAACCCCAAGGUGGUGGAGGCCAUGAAGGAUGUCCUGCGAUUCUGGCUGCGCAAGGGUGCCUUCGGUUUCCGCAUUGACGCCGUGCCCCAUGUGUACGAGGUACCCGCUGAUGCGGAUGGCAACUGGCCCGACGAGCCCCGCAACGAGAACUCCAACGAUCCCGAAGAUUACGGCUACCUGCAGCACAUUUACACCACCGACCAGCCGGAGACCAUCGAGCUCGUGUAUGCUUUCCGCGAGGUGAUCGAGGAAAUUGACCAGGAGCUGGGCGGGGACGAUCGCAUUCUGCUGACCGAGGCCUACUCCCCUCUCAACAUCCUGAUGCAGUACUACGGCAAUGGAACCCAUCUGGGCUCGCAGAUCCCCUUCAAUUUCAACCUGCUGGCGAACAUUGGCUUCGACUCCGACGCCUACCACUACUCGGAGCUGAUCCACAACUGGCUGGACAACAUGCCCGAGGGCCAGGUGGCCAAUUGGGUGUUUGGCAACCACGACCAGAGUCGCAUUGGAUCCCGCCUGGGUGCCGACCGCAUCGAUGCCUGCAACAUGAUUGUGCUAACCCUGCCCGGAGUCAGCAUCACCUACCAGGGCGAGGAGAUGGGCAUGACAGACGUCUUUAUCAGCUGGGAGGACACUGUGGAUCCCCAGGCCUGCCAAACUAACGAGGAGGAGUUCGAGAGCCACACCCGUGACCCUGUGCGCACUCCCUUCCAGUGGAGCGACGAGAAGAACGCUGGCUUUAGCGAUGCCCAAUCCACAUGGCUGCCCGUGGGCCUGGACUACAAGCUGGUCAAUGUCAAGCGGGAACGCGGCAUUGCCCUGAGCCACCUGAACAUCUACAAGCAGCUUCGUGCCCUGCGCGAUGAGCCCACCCUGAAGCAGGGAGAUGUCACCGUCACCGCCAUCGGUCCCAAUGUUUUGGCCUUCAAGCGCUCGCUGGCUGGCCAGAAGUCCUACAUAACUGUCAUCAACAUCAACGAUGAUGUUGAGUCGAUCAAUCUGGACUCGGUCUUUACCUCAAUCUCGUCGCAGCUACAGUACGUUGUGGUAAACGACAAGAGCGUCCGUCGGAAGAAUGAUCUGACUUUCGCCAACUCCGUGCUGCUUAUGCCCAAGGAAGCUGUUGUGCUGAGCACAGUUUAAUAAAUUUUAAAAAAUUAAGAAAAUUAUUUAAAAAUGAA